GAACCAAGUGUGGUUGUUGAUGAUGAUGGAUGGGGGUUUAAACCUAUAAUUAUCUCUUUUACAACAACUCCCUUCCAUUUUGUGCAUCGCUUCAGUGCAGAGCUUUGGCAAAGAAGAAAAAGAUAGUAAUAAGAGAGAGAAAUCCUUGUUUCCAUCCUUAUCUAGCUACACUACAGACUACACAACCUCUUAGUCUCCUUUACCGGCUUCACCACGGAUUUCCCAAAUCAAGCAACGGAGGACUCUCCCAGAAGGAAAAUGGGAAGGGGAAAGAUCGAGAUCAAGCGUAUUGAGAACACCACCAACCGGCAGGUCACCUUCUGCAAGCGCCGCAAUGGUUUGCUCAAGAAGGCCUACGAAUUGUCUGUCCUCUGCGAUGCUGAGGUUGCCCUCAUCGUCUUCUCCAGCCGUGGCCGCCUCUAUGAAUAUGCCAACAACAGUGUCAAAACAACAAUCGAAAGGUACAAAAAGGCUUGUGCAGCUUCAUCCAACUCUGGUUCUACUUCAGAAGCUGAUGCUCAGUUCUACCAGCAAGAAGCCUCCAAACUACGCCAACAGAUCGUAUAUCUACAGAACAAUCAAAGGCAAUUGAUGGGAGAAGCUCUUAGCUCUAUGAGUGUUAAGGAGCUCAAGCAGCUGGAGACCAGACUUGAAAAAGGCAUUAACAGAAUCCGAUCAAAGAAGAACGAGUUGUUGUUUGCAGAAAUCGAGUACAUGCAGAAAAGGGAGAUUGACUUGCAAAAUGAUAACAUGUAUCUUCGAGCUAAGAUAGCUGAGAACGAGAGAGCUCAACAAAUGGGUGUGAUGCCAACAUCUGAAUAUGAAAGCAUGCCUCCCCAACUGGCAUUUGAUAACAGAAACUUCCUCCAAGUAAACCUAAUGCAGCCCACCCACCAUUACUCCCGUCAGGAGCCAACUGCCCUCCAGCUAGGUUAAAAUGCUUGAAGACAAAUAUUUCUGGUGCUGGAUCCUUAGCUCCUUUCUUCCUUUCUUUCAUGUUAGGAGAAUCAGUGAAGCUACAGGUAUCUGAAAAUGCCAAGAACCGGGUGGCCCAAAUGGGGGUCUUAGCAUUUUCUAUGUAGGUGGUCAUAAGACUUAUAAUCCUGUAAUGUUAGAGAAGGAUUUAUUUUGAACUUAAGUGUAUUUGUUGUACCAAAAAUUCCCUAAUACCUCUUGGAUACUUAAUUUCUUGCUCUGGUAUUAUCUCCCUUUUUCUUUUGCUUAUAA